UCAUUUAUUCAUACGAGUGAUACCACAAACACCGACAUUAAUAACCCGUACGUCGACGUGAACACCAGCUCCGGUACAGUGCGGGGCCAUAGCAUCCGUGUGUUGGGCCAACCAAUCAACGAGUUCUUAGGCAUACCAUUCGCUGUGCCACCGGUGGGUGCGCUCAGGUUCGCCAAACCCCAGGCCAUACCGGAACCGUUCAAAGAUGUAAUCAACUCAACGGUUCCCAAGAACUCGUGCAUUCAGAUGAGAUACCCGUACGGAAACCCAUUGACCAUCAGCGAAGACUGUCUGGUGCUAAACGUAUGGACACCACCGGCAGAUAGUGGCCAACCAUUGCGGCCAGUGAUGGUGUGGUUCUAUGGCGGGGCGUUUACAGUGGGCUCUAUAUUCAUGUCUGCGUAUAACGGAUCAGUUUUGGCCACACAUGACGUACUGGUGGUGUCCGUCAACUAUCGAGUGAACGCAUUCGGCUUUCUAUACACCGACGACCCGUCGGCGCCCGGAAAUGUGGGCCUCUAUGACCAACAACUGGCCCUUCGGUGGGUUCAGCAAAAUAUCGGCCACUUUGGCGGCGAUCCGCAAACGGUGACCAUUUUUGGCGAGUCGGCCGGCAGUUGGUCGGUGUCCGCACACUUGACCUCACCCUUGUCUAGGGGUUUGUUCCGGCGAGCGAUUAUGGAGAGCGCCGCCCAAUUGGCUAAUAAGAAACGCCCGAUACUUACCAAAGAGGAGGCACUUGUUGUGGCCAAACAGUUGGCCCGCAGUAUGAACUGUACGGAUGGCGCGGGAAGCGAAUGGUUAGAGUGCUUAAGAGGUGUGGACGCCAUGAAGUUCUUGGAUUAUCACCCGGACAGCACGUAUGACUGGAAUCUGGUUUAUGGCACAGAUGUUAUGCCGGUGACAGCGCAGGUGGCUUUUGAUCGGCACGAGUUUGCCAGCGAUGUAGACCUAUUGGCCGGUGUUACCGCUCUGGAAGGCUCGGCACUGGCCUACUAUACCUAUCCGGUGCUACAGACCGAUAGUGUGACCAAGGCCGAUUUUACUAACCUCGUGGUUAAAUCCGAAGCUAUAUUUCACACGGAAAACGUGGUAAACAUUACCGACUAUUAUCUUCAGGGCAUCGAUGACCACAACUCGUCGGCCAUUCGGCGGGCAUUCUUCCAGUUUUACGGCGAUGUCCUCAUCACGUGUCCGACCUAUUUGUUUGCCAAACUGUUCGCCACUUACAGCCCGAAUGGCCAGUCGCCGGGCGAGAGCACCGGUAGGUCUGGUAAUGUGUUUUUCUAUGAGUGGAAUUACGGGUCGAGUCCCGGGGCUAUCGAUGAUGUGAUGGGUGUCACACACGGCGCUGAUUUGCGGUACGUGUUUGGUCUGCCACUCACUGAACGCGAUGUUAAUUAUACGGAGACUGACCGCCGGUUCGCCCGACAGGCCAUGACUUUGUGGACUGAUUUCGCUAAAUAUGGGUAUGAGUUGUAG